AUGGAUGUCAUGGCGCGUCAAAUAACGGCAUUGACGAAGCAACUUACAAAUCGUUCGGAACCUGAUGGCGGUAAGAUGCAUGGAACCCAGAGAGUUGUUAUGUUUUGCUUGUUAACAACUGUCUUACCUGCAAUACUCAUAAUCUCUCCAUUAUAUCUUAGAAAUAUAAAAUAUGCUGAUGUUAUGUAUAGAAUAUCAGACUCAGAUGUCAUACAAAUACAUAAAGGACAGUCAUCAAUAUUUUGUGAAAAACAUUCCUUAAAGAUGAAUAGUAGCUUCAAUGCAUUCCAAAUGAAAGGUAGACCAAAACUAGCUACUAAGAGAAGACAUAUUCAACUAAAAAAGUCAAUGACCUUACCUGAUGAUACAUUAGAAUACUGGGGAUUUUUUCUUUUUGCUGGAGCUACUGUGGAGCUAAGAGGCUGUUCGAGAUAUGAAGGUUCAAAAAUAUUGGUUGUGAAAGUUACAUUAGAAAAUCCUAGAAAUAAAAAAAGAGAAGUUCCACAACAUAAUUAUGAAACAGUAGAUGAAACCUGGCUGGUUGAAAAUGAUUCUUAUGAAAUGGACGAGCUGAAAACUAAACAUAAAAGGGAUACUAAUAAAGCAUUACAUAAUCCCAAUACUGUAUUAGAUGCUGGUGUUAAUCAUGGUGGAAAUGCACCUAACCUCACCAUUAAACCUUCUGAAGAUAAAUCAGUUUCAAGCUUUGAAGUUAAUUUAUAUGAUUGCUAUCAAGAUAAUAUAUUAAUGAAUGAAUUUUUCCCAUAUUCAACACAAUGCAACAAUACCAAGUAUUUAGAAGAAAUAACAACAUUAAAAGUUGAUCAUCAAGUAACAUCAGAUGGAUAUUACUAUUAUAUAUUUUAUAGUGACAAUGAUUUUGUAAAUAAUGAUAUUCAUGCCAUUUUUGAUAUUUACAAGCCUACAUUCCAAUACUCAAAUAUGUCCAAGUCUAAAAUGUGUUUAAACAAGACUGAAUGCCAGUUUGAUGUAGAAAUGUUUAGUAAUGAAUUAGUUAUUGUUGAAGUACCAACUAAAGAUGGUUUAAAUAAUAAUGAUGAAGAAUCAUUUAUUUUAAGAUCCAUAUGUCAUCCAAGAAUGUCUGUUUAUAUAUUCUUCCCAGUGUCAGUUCUGCUGUUGAUACUUUUAUUUGCAUUUUUA